AUGAUUGACAAAUUCAGUACUGAAGUUUUGCACGCGGAGGACGAUACAAUGAGGUCGUGGGGUGUUUGCGCCGGCAUCUGUCCCUUCAAUGCCCCUCUUAUUACACUCGCGAUGAAAGCUGCCCCCGCGUUAGCUUGCGGAAACACCAUCAUCAUCAAGACCAGUGAGACAAACCCCUUCUCAACCUUGUUCAUGGCGUCCCUCUCCUGUCAGGCUGGCCUACCACCUGGCGCCCUCAAUUGCCUCGUUGGUGGUGCUGAAGUGGGGGAAUGCUCUGGCGUCGCAUAUGCGAAUCCGCAAAGUCAGCUUCACUGGAAGCGUGGGCGUUGGAAAACUAGUCCAUAUCGCGGCUGCGAGAUCGAAUCUCAAGAGCGUGACCACUGA